GGCAGUGUUUUGAGUCAUGUGACAGUUCAAAAUGUCGAACACAUACACCGAUACAAUUUGAAACGUGACACUUAAAAAAGAAGUCACCAAAUAAUUUACGGGUUUGUAGAUUUUGAAAACUCCCCGAUGUCGUGUACAUAAAUGGAAGAUAAACAUCGAGCAAGUUUUAUUCAUAAGGUGCUACGAAUGGACUCCCCUACAGCUGAUGAUGAUAGUGCGGGAGAAGGAGCCGACAGCAGGGAGAAAUUUGUAUUGGCUGUCGACAUUGGCACAACAAGUCUACGGAGUCAUGUUUACACCAAACAGGGCAACAUCAAAGGGGCCAGCAGCAAAAGGAUUCAGUUGCUUCAUCCCAAACCUGGCUGGGUGGAGAUGGAGCCUGAUGUUUUAGUGAAGCAGGUCAUUGACAGCAUCAAAGAGGCGAUCAGAGCUGCGGGGAUAACUGCCCAUGACAUUGCCUGUAUGGGAAUAACGACCCAGAGAAACACAUUUCUUACCUGGGACAGAGUCACGGGAAAGCCAUUUCAUAAUUUUAUCACGUGGCAAGACCUCAGGUCUAGGGACAUUGUCAAAGGCUGGAAUAACUCCUUCAGAAUGAAAUUUUUAAAUGGUGGUUCCUCUGUCCUGCACAUGCUGACUAAGCAGAAACGGUUUCUAUCCGCCAGUGUGCUGAAAUUCAUGUCGCAGCAGGUUACCAUGAGGCUAAUAUGGGUUUUAGAAAAUGUUGAAGAGUUAAAGGCCAAACUAGCUGUCCAUGAGGUGUCUCUAGGUUGUAUUGAGACUUGGUUGUUAUACAGACUGACGCGAGAGAAGCUGGUUGCCACCGACUACUCGUGCGCCAGUGGAACCGGACUGUUUGAUCCAUACCAGUUUGAGUGGAGCACCAUUGUAUGUAACUUGUUGAACAUUCCCAUGGAGAUUUUACCAGAGAUAAGAGACACAAGUGGAGACUUUGGCAGCACAGACCCAACCAUAUUUGGGGCAUCCAUUCCUAUUACAGCGGUUGUGUCUGACCAGACGGGGGCAUUAUUUGGGGAGUGCUGCUUUGAGGUGGGGGACAUAAAGUGUACGAUGGGGACAGGGACCUUCAUCGACCUGAACUGUGGAAGCUCUCCACAUGCAUCUGUAGCAGGACUUUAUCCAAUAGUGGGCUGGAAAAUAGGCAAAGAAAUCACCUAUGUGGCAGAGGGGAGUAUUACCGACACAGGGUCUCUCAUUGAGUGGGCCAAGUCAAUGGGUUUUAUAGAUGAUGUAAGUGACACAGCAAAGAUAGCAGAAAGUGUCCCAGACAGUGAUGGUGUGUACUUUGUGGGAGCAUUCAGCGGCCUUCAGGCCCCCAUCAAUGAUGACAAGGCAGCCACCACAUUAAUCGGUCUGAAACCCACCACCACCAAGGCCCAUGUGGUGCGGGCAAUCCUAGAGAACCUGGCGUUCCGGGUUAAAGUCCUGUACGAGACUAUUCUGUCCGAGACCAGGAUUCCUCUGUCUCACAUCAGAGCCAAUGGGGGAGUGUGCAAUAAUGAUUUCCUGAUGCAGUUAAUUGCUGAUUUCACAAACCAGACCAUAGACCGUGCCAAACAAAGAGCUAACAUGACCAGUCUGGGGGUGGCAUUUCUAGCAGGACUCGCCAAAGAAGUAUGGAAAAACAAGGCAGAAUUGAGAGAAAUUCGUGAGUCAGAGACAGUCUUUGUAGCGGAGAAAGAUGUGUGGUCGCGAUACAAGGACAGAUUUGUUCACUGGGAGAAAGCGGUCAUUAGAUCACGGGAGUGGUACAACUAAUGACAGGAAAUUAUUAGGUCAUGUGACCCAUAGAGUACAAACAAUACGAUAUCAACGAUUUUGUGACUGAUUCUCAUUAAUUAAUAAGCAAUAUUUUGACAGAGAUAAACCUACUCUCAGCAUCAAAUAAAAACUUCUAUGUUCAAUAGAGAUGUUGAUCAUGUUCAGUACAAUAGGAUAUUAACCAAUGAAGUGUGCAUGCAUAGCAUUAGUUCUUUUUGAUAUUGAUGGUUUUUAUACUCUUUGCCGAGACUGAGAUAUUUUAUUUUGGUUCAUAUAUAUAUAUAUUUUUAAGGUCAUCAAUACAUUAAUGCCCAGGGCAUUUCAUAUACUUUUAUCCUUGCAGCCAUUGCUACAAAAGCGCUUAUUUAAGAACAGAGAGUUGUUUCUCCUUCAAAAUGUGCCAUAUGGAUUUCCUGCGACAUCAACUUAGUACAUGUAGUAUUGAAAUCUUUAUUAACUUACUGAAUAUCUUAGUGAUUUAAAGUAUUUUUUAUUAAUAAUCAUGAAUUUUUUUCUUUGAAAAUACUCAUGCAAUGAGAGAGAGAGAGAGAGAGAGAGAGAUAGAGAGAGAGAGCGAUUAUUUAGGCAUUGAUCCCAUUUUAAAACUAUUCAUCACAUUAUAUACAUGUAAUAUGUUUGUUGACAUCUGCAUACAGCAGUAAUAUUUUUAUUCAUUAAAUUUUUAAAGAAAUUAUGAAUUUCACAGUUUUUACCUAUUAAAUACUUUUCACAUACAAACUGUAGUUGUCAAGUAUGGGGAUUUUUACACCAAAAUUUCAGCUUACCACGUGAAGAAGGGAAUAGCUCCAGCAGUGCCCCUUCUGUUGGCGUCAAUGUCCUAAGUAAAGAAUAGUUCUGCAUGCAAGCUAGCCCAUUCUUCUAAAUUACUGAAAGAUAUGCUCUUCAUGAAAAAAAGCCCGUGCAGUUUUUGAACUCGGGACCUGCGGUUGGUAGACUGAAGCUUCACCCAUUGCGCCACAGAGAUAAAAAUUAAAUUCUAUCGAUAUAAAAUCUUUCACAGUUCGUUAAAAUUGCAAUGUUGUGACGUAUUGUCAUAAAAAGUAGAAGUCAUGGGGUGUCAAGGAUCCUUAAGUACUGUUAAAGUUUUUAAAUAUUUGAAUUUUCCCUUAUAAUAAAGCCCAAAAGUAUAAUAUAUCUUUAGAUUCUUUAGGCCAAAAAUUUCCAAAUAAUAUGCUUCUGGCAAAUAUAUUAUAUUGUAAGAUUUUCCAAGGGGAGCCACUUAUUUUUAUAUUUUUAACUUAAAUUCGAAAAACUGAGUACCGGUAAUUCCCCUUUUAAUAUGGCAAUCAAAUUUACCAUGUGUUGUCAUUUUCCCUGAUGUGAGGUGUCUGAGAACAAAUGUAAAACAUUGAUUUUACUGCAUAAGAUAUCAACCAAAUGACACAGUUGUUAAUAAUUUUAAUAUAAUGAAUUAUUUGAUAUAAUAUAACUAUAUUUGUUUGCGCCAAUAAAAGAUUUAUAUUU